AUUUAUCUUAAAGAAUUACUAAAUGCAUAUAAACUUUAUUCGCAAAUUUCUUUGAUUAUAUCGUGAUAAAAAAUUUUCCGGAAUUCAUACUGAUAGCAAUUUGUAAAAUACGAAAUACAAGUUGAAAAACGAAGUGACUAUUCCGGAUAUUAUCGAUCAACUUCGUCCAUAAAAAAACUAAAAGACAAUUGUAAAGUAAAAAGAAGUGUAGCUUUGAAUAAUCUAUGAGUUUUAUAAUAACAAAAUAAGCAAAAUACGAUAGACAAGAAUGACUUACAUUACCAUACAUUAUUAUACAUUAUCAUACUUAUCACCAAUGUUAUCAUUUCGUAUACACAAUCAAGUGAAAAUUUUAGUCACAAUGUAUUAUUAAACCUUUGCGGUCGGAGUCGCCCAACGAGCGCAGAAAACUUGACUCUUUAGUCUACUACAUAUACUACCACGUCUAUGUUAUCGUUCAGAAAGAUAGUCGUACGCGAGCCGUUUCAUAAUACGUCUCCGCAGCUGUAAACUCAAUUGAGCGGCUAUAUGCCGACACGCGUCCGCAAGGAAAUAGUGCAAUUUAUCUUUACAAUUAGCAAUUGGCUAGCUACUUCUUACAUGAAUCAAAGUUAUAUAAGUCGAAUAAGUUGGAUAUAAUAAGUAUUAAACGCAGAAGCAGUGACUAUCAAAUCAACAUGAAGCUACUAUCGAUUCUUUUCGCGAUUCUGAUCUGCGAUCAAGUUGUUGAUGGUUAUCGCAUCCUCGGAAUAUUUCCGUAUAACGGUAAAAGUCACUGGAUUAGUCAAGAAGAAUUGAUGAAAGGCUUAGCGAAACGUGGCCAUCAAGUUGACGUAGUCACACAUUUUCCGCAAAAGAAGCCGAUACCCAAUUAUACGGAUAUCAGUUUGGCGGGUAGUAUGCCGCCUGUUAUGAACAAUGUCACCGCAAUGAGAGUCAAAGACAUGGCAGUCAGCAUGCUAUUGAUUGGAUCAUUAGCUUAUACAACGGGGAUAGAAGUUUGUCAACUGAUGGAUCACCCGAAGAUACAAGAACUGAUCAAGAACCCGCCGCAGAAUCCUCCUUAUGACAUAAUUAUUACGGAGGUAUGACUAUUAAGAAUGCUUUCGAAUAUGUGCA